AUGCUUUACCGCAGAUAUUUGUUCACCGAUGAAGAGGGGACAAAGGUUUCUGCAGUGGCUUAUAACGCAGUUAUCGACGAAUUUGCUGAACUUCUUAUGCCGUACAAGAGGUACUACCUCACUGGAGCAAAGGUUCGACAUGAAGUUCCUUUGUAUCAAGUUGGUGAUUACAAAUACAAUUGGCUUAUAAAUACAAGAACUUACGCCGAAGAAUACCAAGAAUCCAUACCUCCACAACUUCCGUGCCUAAUUGAUGUCCAUGCCUUUGCAAACAUACACAAGUAUGCUGACACAGAAAACCCAAGGAUCAUAUAUGGUGCUGAUGCAGAACAAUUAGUCCCUUACAAUGGCAAUCAACUUUAUGAGGCAGACCAACAGGGCCAUGACUUAACUCAACAAAUUGCCGCAUCAGUCGCACAGCACCAAGUCAUCUGCUUCAUUAAACAUUCUGAGUCAACUCACCACACAAUAAUCAAGCUUUACACUGGUGAACUGAUGAUGGUGCAAGGGAAUAUAACUAAUCCAAAAUCAUCUGCCAAAGAGCCCUCCACAUCAACACCAUCAAAGGCAGCCGAUCCAAAUUUCUUCAGCCCGACGCUCAAAAAUGUGUUAGAGUCAAUUGAUGUAAAGACUGAGAAAACACUCCUUCUUCCAACUACAGAAAGCUCAGCCAAAAAACGCAUUACCUUCGACAGCGAACAAGUCACCACACAAACAGCCACCUCAAGUACACCCCAGUCCUCAAAAUCAAACGUUCAAGCAGAACACAAUCCCACUACAAGUCCUUCAAAGAAAAUUCGCCCAAAAAUGGAUUAA